AUUGUUCACUUCCCUUCACUUUCUUUCCACUUCUGAAACAAUUCCUGGGAUUUCCACUGUUUCCAGGCAUUCUCUGAGAGUUCCUCCUCAGGAGUCGUCGUUUUGUCAAGCGAGUAGAAGGUUGAAGAAACAACAAACAGCAGCAAUGGUAGACACUACCGGAUCAUCAGCCACCUUGCUAGCUCAUGCGCAGCACUUAGUCCCCAUUGCUCUCGAGAAAGCCCGAAGCACCACAGGCUUUGCCGCACGCUGGAGUAAAAUCAUUUCAAAGCUGGAGCGUGUGCCGUCGUGCCUUUCCGACCUCUCCACUCACCCUUGCUUCUCCAAGAACGCUCUUUGCAGAGAACAACUCCAGUCCAUAUGCAAGACUCUCUCAGACACCAUCGAAUUGGCUGGCUGUUGCUCGAUCUCUGCGCAGCCAAUUCCAGUAGGCAAACUCCAGAUGCAGAGUGAUCUUGAUGCGCUGUCUGGCAAGCUAGACCUCAACCUCCGUGACUGUGCACUGCUCGUCAAAACUGGUGUGCUUGGUGAUGCUACAUUACCAUCAGCCAUUGCCCGCUCAGGGGAGCUUGAGCCAGCGCGGUGGAAUGCCCAGGAACUGCUCGCUCGUCUGCAGCUUGGCCACGCUGAGGCAAAGCACCAGGCUCUUGAUGGCCUUUUGGAUGCAAUGCGAGAUGAUGAGAAGAACGUGCUGGCAGUGCUUGGCCGGAGCAAUGUGUCCUCUAUUGUUCAGCUACUUGCUGCUACUAGUCCAAAGAUCAAAGAAAAGGCCGUUACAAUUGUUUCAUUGCUCGUGGAGUCUGGUAGCUGUGAGCAUUUGCUUGUCAUUGAAGGCGUAGUCCCGGCAUUGAUAAGAAUCACAGAGUCAGGAAGCUUGGUGGGAAGAGAGAAAGCAGUGAUCUCAUUGCAGAGGCUGUCUUUGUGUGUUGACACUGCACGCAUGAUUGCCAGUCAUGGUGGGAUUCAUCCUCUGAUUGAAAUCUGUGCGGCAGGAGAUUCCAUAUCUCAAUCAGCAGCAGCUUGUGCAUUGAAGAAUCUCUCUGCUGUGCCAGAGUUGAGGCAGGCUCUAGCAGAUGAAGGUGUUAUCAGAGCUAUGAUCAGCAUGCUCGAUUGCGGGAUAGUUUUGGGAUCCAAGGAGCACGCGGCGGAGUGUUUGCAGAACCUCACUGCCAGCAAUGACAACCUGAGAAGGUCAGUGGUCUCAGACGGAGGUGUCAAGAGCCUCCUGUCUUACCUUGAUGGUCCCUCGCCACCUGAAUCUGCAAUCAGUGCUUUGAGAAAUCUCAUCGGCUCAGUGUCCACAGACACACUUGUUUCACUCGGUCUCCUUCCUCAUCUAAUCAUAGUGCUCAAAGAUGGAUCAAUUUCCGCACAGCAGACAGCAGCAUCUGUAGUUUGUAAAUUAGCCAACUCUGUGGAGAUGAAGAGGUUAUUAGGAGAGUUUGGUUCUGUGCCAUUACUUGUCAAGAUGCUCGAAACCAAGAGCAACACUGCAAGAGAGGCUGCCGUGCAAGCCCUCGCAACCUUGAUCACCUGCCAAUGCAACAGUAGAGAACUCAAGAAGGAUGAGAAGAGUGUCCCAAAUCUGGUUCAAUUGCUCGAUCCUAGUCCUCUGAAUAGUGCGAAGAAGUAUGCAGUUACUUGCUUAUUAUGUUUGUCUUCGAGCAAGAGAUGCCGGAAGUUGAUGAUAUCCUACGGAGUCAUCGGUUACCUCAAGAAGCUCUCCGAGAUGGAUGUGCCAGGCUCGAAGAAGUUGAUCGGGAGAUUAGAACGGGGGAAACUGCGGAGCUUGUUCAGCAGGAAAUAGAUAUACCUCUGUUGUUUUAGUUUCAGUAUUAUGUCUAGCUUCUUGUUUCAAUGUCUCCAUGAAACAUAUGAGACUUAUGUAAUAUAUACAGUUAACUGCAUCUUCUGAUGUUUCUGAUUUCAUGUUCAAAAUUGUACAUCAAUGUAUUACUACUUUCUUUAA